AUGGCGGAAGCUCACCAGGCCGUGGCCUUCCAGUUCACUGUCACCCCCGAGGGCUUGGACUUCCACCUCGGCCGCGAGGCCAUCAAGCAGCUCUACCUCGCCGGCAUCUCCUCCUGGAAGAAGCGCUUGGUCCGCGCCAAGAACAGCUUCCUGACCGGCGUCUACCCCGCCUCCCCCUCCAGUUGGAUGGUGGUCAUGGUGGCCACCGCCGGCUCCUUCUACUGCCAGGUCGACCCCUCCCUGGGGAUGAUCGCCCGCAUCCGCCACUGCCUGCCCAAGAGCCGCCUCCUGACCUACGAGAGCCGGACAAUGGUGAGCACCGUGCUCUUCUCCACCGGCGUCUGGCUCUCUGCCGUCCUGCUCUUCCGGCAGGCGCUGAAGCUGCUCCUCUCCUACCACGGCUGGAUGUUUGAGCCCCACGGCAAGAUGAGCCGCAGCACCAGGAUCUGGGUGGCGCUGAUGAAGGUGCUGUCUAUCCGCAAGCCCCUGCUCUACAGCUUCCAGACCUCUCUGCCCAAGCUCCCUGUGCCUCCCGUGGAGGCCACCAUCACCCGGUACCUGGAGUCGGUGCGCCCGCUCAUGGAUGACGACAAGUACAGCAAGAUGGAGGCUUUGGCCAAGGAGUUCAAGGAGAAGACAGCUCCACGGCUGCAGAAGUACCUGAUCCUUAAGUCCUGGUGGACAACCAACUAUGUGAGCGACUGGUGGGAGCAGUACAUCUACCUGCGCGGCCGCAGCCCGCUCAUGGUCAACAGCAACUACUAUGCCAUGCCCCGUCCCUUGUCCCCAGGAUUUCCUCUACGUGACCCCAGCCACAUCCAGGCUGCCCGGGCAGGUAACGUGGUACACGCCAUCCUGCUGUACCGCCGCAAGCUGGACCGUGGGGAGAUCCCCCCUGUGAUGGCGCUGGGCAUCGUGCCCAUGUGCUCCUACCAGUCGGAACGGAUGUUCAACACCACCCGCAUCCCCGGCAAGGAGACGGACACGCUGCUGCACCUGGUGGACAGCAAGCACCUGGCCGUCUACCACAAGGGCCGCUUCUACAAGGUCUGGCUGUACUACGGGGGGCAGCUGCUGCAGCCCCGGGACCUGGAGCUGCAGUUCCAGCGCAUCCUGGACGACCCCUCGCCCCAGCCCGGCGAGGAGCGGCUGGCGGCGCUCUCCGGUGCCGGCAGGGUGCCGUGGGCCGAGGCUCGAGCCCGGUUCUUCAGCCACGGGAAGAACAAGGUGUCGCUGGACGCCAUCGAGCGGGCAGCCUUCUUCCUGACGCUGGACGAGGAGGAGCACGGCUACAGCUCGGGCCGGGAGGGCUGCAUGGACGCCUACGCCAAGUCCCUGCUGCACGGCCAGUGCUAUGACCGCUGGUUCGACAAGUCCUUCACCCUUGGUGGGUCUACAAGAAUGGGAAGCUGGGGGCCAACGGCCGAGCACUCCUGGGCCGAUGCGCCCAUCAUCGGGCACCUCUGGGAGUUCAUGCUGGCGACAGACAAAUUCCAGCUGGGCUACACCGAGGGGGGGCACUGCCUGGGGGAGCCCAACACCCUGCUUGCCCCCCCCCAGCGUCUCCAGUGGGACAUCCCCCAGGAGUGCUGUGCCGCCAUCGAGAGCUCGUACCGCCUGGCCAAGGCGCUGGCUGACGACGUGGACUUCGCCUGCUUCCAGUUCUCCGACUUCGGGAAGGGGCUGAUCAAGAAGUGCCGGACCAGCCCCGACGCCUUCAUCCAGAUCUCUCUGCAGCUCGCCCACUUCCGCGACAAGGGCUGCUUCUGCCUCACCUACGAGGCCUCCAUGACACGGCUCUUCCGCGAGGGCCGGACAGAGACGGUGAGGUCCUGCACCGCCGAGUCCACCGCCUUCGUGCGCAGCAAUGGCAGACACCCGGCAGACCGUGAGCAAUGCGCAAGGGUCCGGGCGGAGCGCCAGCGGCUCUUCAAGCUGGCGGCCGAAAAGCACCAGCACAUGUACCGCCUGGCCAUGACCGGGGCCGGCAUCGACCGGCACCUCUUCUGCCUCUACGUGGUGUCCCGCUACCUGGGGGGUGCAGUCCCCCUUCCUGGCCCCAGGUGAGCCCGGGUGCUGUCGGAGCCCUGGCGCCUCUCCACCAGCCAGACGCCGCAGCAGCAGCUGAAGAUGUUCGACCUGAACAAAUACCCUGACCACGUCUCCACCGGCGGCGGCUUCGGCCCCGUGGCUGAUGACGGCUACGGCGUCUCCUACAUCAUCGCCGGUGAGAACCUCAUCACCUUCCACAUCUCCAGCAAGUUCUCCAGCAAUGAGACGGACUCGAAGCGCUUUGGGAGGAACAUCCGUCAGGCCAUGCUGGACAUUGCUGAGCUCUUCGACAAACCGGCCGAGAAGGCGAGGAAGUGAGGGGGGGAGCGGGCUCAGGCCUCAGCCCGGGGGGGGACACACACAGAGCCGG